AGGCGGAGCCCUUUUUUUCAGACACGGGAAGAGGAAAAGCAUCGCGAGAACUGAGCGUGGCGUGAACUCAUGGCAAAGCAUGACAACGGUGUGCUUUUGAGCCAACAAGCUGUUUAACCGAUUAAGUAACAUCAACUUUUUAUUUUUGAAGUGACGACUUUGAAAGGACCAACGCCAAAAUGAGUUUACUCGCCAAAAUAGCCGAAAUCGAGAACGAGAUGGCUCGUACUCAGAAGAAUAAGGCCACAGCUCAUCAUCUGGGUUUGCUGAAGGCUAGAUUGGCCAAAUUGAGGAGAGAGCUCAUCACUCCUAAAGGAGGCAGCGGAGGAGGCACUGGAGAGGGUUUUGAUGUGGCAAAAACCGGUGAUGCCCGAAUAGGAUUUGUGGGCUUCCCGUCAGUGGGCAAAUCCACUCUUCUGAGUAACUUGGCUGGUGUGUACUCUGAGGUCGCUGCCUAUGAGUUUACCACACUGACAACUGUACCGGGAGUGAUCCGUUAUAAAGGAGCAAAAAUUCAGCUCCUGGAUCUCCCAGGUAUCAUUGAGGGAGCGAAAGAUGGCAAGGGAAGAGGACGACAAGUCAUUGCUGUUGCUCGCACUUGCAAUCUUAUCCUGAUCGUCUUGGACGUUCUGAAGCCUCUCGGACAUAAAAAGCUCAUUGAACACGAGUUGGAAGGCUUUGGUAUCCGUCUCAACAAGCAACCACCAAAUAUUGGCUUCAAGAAGAAAGACAAGGGCGGAAUCAACUUCACCGCAACUUGUGCUCAAAGUGAGCUAGACGGUGAGACUGUGAAAAGCAUCCUUUCCGAGUAUAAGAUCCACAAUGCAGAUAUAACCCUACGAAGCGACUCUACAGCUGAUGACCUCAUUGAUGUGGUGGAGGGGAACCGGGUUUACAUCCCCUGCAUCUAUGUACUCAACAAAAUCGACCAGAUCUCCAUUGAGGAGCUGGACGUUAUCUACAAAAUCCCUCACUGCGUGCCAAUCUCAGCUCACCACCGCUGGAACUUUGACGACCUGUUGGAAAAGAUCUGGGACUACCUGCAUCUAGUGCGCAUCUACACAAAGCCAAAGGGACAGCUUCCUGAUUACACAGCACCUGUAGUACUUCCAGAUGGGAAGACAGCUGUUGAGGACUUCUGUUUAAAGAUUCACAAAAACCUCAUCAAAGAAUUCAAAUAUGCGUUGGUGUGGGGAUCGUCAGUGAAGCAUAACCCGCAGAAAGUCGGCAAAGACCAUGUGCUAGAAGAUGAGGAUGUCAUCCAGCUGGUCAAGAAAUAAAAGAACUCUGAUGUUUGCAUGAUCAUUACACUUCACAUAAGAAGCGAUAAGACAUUUCUAAAUGCCCCGAAGGUUCCCAUGGCACCAUUGAUGUUUCUUUGUUUUUAUUUUUGGACUCGGACAAAGUAUGAUUGUAAAUCACACAGAUUCAUUCGGCAUAUUAAAUAAUAUGUCUUCUCGUGCUUGGAUCGGCAUCACAAUGGCUUGAAUGCAGUUAUAGAUUAAGUGCAUCUGUGGGCUGCAAAACAAAGUGAACUUCAAUAAAAACCUAAAAUACAAAUCUA